AAUAACUCAGCUCCCCAAUGUGUAGGUGAGCUGGUCCGGCCGCGGAGCUCGAGCAGCGAUGUGGUACGAGAUCCUCCCCGGUCUCAGCCUCAUGGCCGUGUGCCUGAUCAUCCCCGGCCUCUCCACCAUCUACCUCCAUAGGUGGACGAACGGCGGCAAGGAAAAACGGACUGCACGUUUACCUUAUCACUGGAGUCUGUUGGAAAGAGACAGGAGAGUGUCUGACUGCAAAACCUACUUCAAAUCAAAGGGAUUAGAAAACAUCGACUGAUGGGCUUUUCUUCUUGAACAUCCAGUUUGUGACCAUAAGGAGAAGCAUUACUAAAACAUGAAAUGUAAUCCAUGUUUCAAUUACAUAGUUUAACAUAAAAUGGAAGAUACAAUUUCCUUGUAUGUAGCUUGUGUUGUCUAUUACAGAUACAUUUGGGAAGGCAAUAGAAAGUAGGGAGAAAGAAAUUAGUGAGUUUGAAGCCAGGAAAUGCUGAUUCUGUGCUAUCAAUAUAGUCAUUGAAAAGGUUUCUGUGUUGUAUCUCUCUCGUACCUAUCUUGUCCUUUUUAAUUCUUUUGGAGCUUGCAAAUUCUAUUGGCACAUAGCCAAAUAAAAUUAAGCAAGCACAAUAA